AUGUCUGCCUUGAUCACCGCCCUCCUCUCCCUUCUCCCCCCCACCUCCCUCUUCUCGUCCUACACCCUAACAUCCCUCAACGCCCUCUUCUUCUACCUCACCUGGCUCAUCCUCGUCCUCUCCCAUUCCGCAUUCAAAAUAUCCGUCCUCGCCGUCCUGCUCAUCCGUCUUGUAUGCUUCUGGAUCCCAGCGCUAGGGAUGACAGCGUUCGACCUUCUCCUACCCGACCUGGCAGGGAGCUGCAAGUUUCACCCAAGCUCCGUACGCAUGCUCCCUUCUACCAUCCCAUGGCUCCUGCUCCGUGCAGGGAUAAACGAUGCUAUCGGAAUCUCCCUCCACGCACUUGCGGUGUACACCCGCCCAGGUCUCUUUCCGGUUAGCGUCACCCUCCCCCUCCUCCCAACGAUGGCGUACGAUCUUCUCCUCUCCCAGCUCGUCAGCUCAGCAGCAUACUACUACCUCCACCGUUUCACGCAUUACGCGCUCCCUGCCCUUCAUGAGCAACAUCAUUCCCAUCCUCCGACGCCGCUCCUCGCGCGUGCGCAGAACCCAGCUGACUACAUCCUUCUCUCCCUCUUGCCGACAUACCUCGUCCCUCUCCUUAGGAGGAGUCAUAUCCUCACCUUCUUGCUCAUCCUGGGCACACAGUGCGUGGUAGAUGUAGUCCGUUUCUCGGGCUACCAGGGGCUGUGGGGACCCGCUGGGGGGUUGAGCAGCCGUACAGAAGCGCACUACUACAACCGGGGAACUUGUAACUUUGGAAUCUGGGGCAUCUUAGACUACGUACACGGGACGUCCCCCUCACUCGAGCCCCCCCUCCUCCGCGGGAGCAAGCACCAGCGCAAGCCAAGCCUGAAAGAACAGUGGGAAAAAGAGCUCCCGAAAGUUCCUAUGCCUGUCGCGAGUUCCAAACCUAGGAACGCGCAGCCACGACCGAGGGUGUUGAGGAAGGUUAGAAAACCGGAAACGGAUAGCGGGAGUGCGAGCGAGGGGGUUGUCACGAGCAGGAGGAGGGCUGUGUAGGAAGACAGUUGGACUGCGCAUUAGGCUGAAGGGG